AAGCUGUGAUAAACAUCCUCUAUAACACCCCUCCUCCGAGUUUGCAGCCCUUUAAAAAACAUAUCUUUAACUGCCUGGUACAAAAUGAACCUAGGUGUGUUAUCCCGCGUGUCUGGUAUCCUCGCUGGACGCGGGUUCAACAUUGACUCUCUGGUGGUGUGCCGGACUGAAAUUCGUGACUUGAGUCGGAUGUCCAAUGUCCAUCGUCCUUAGCGGACAGGAUGGAGUUAUGGAGCAGGCAAGGAGACAACUAGAGGACCUCGUGCCUGUAUGGGCUGUUCUCGACUAUACAAAUACCCGUGUUAUCACACGUGAAUUCCUCCUCGUAAGUGUUCAUCUUGGUCCCGAGUACUUGGAGGAUCAACUCCUGGGUGGACCCUCUCAUAAACCGAGGCGGGGUUUCCACCCACCUCAUCGGGAGACCAAACUUGAAAAAGAAACCACGCUCGCUCAUAAUUUCGAGCGUGGUGCCCACCCUAACUCUCACACAGAGCCACAUAAUCCGUCCCCAUUGACGCCCUCCGAGGCCCUCCGCCUUAAACACCAGCACCUCCAAUCCAUCUCCGUCUUAUCCGACCAAUUCGGAGCAAAGAUUGUCGACGUGAGCGAGAACAGCGUCAUCGUUGAGCUCACUGCAAAAACAAUCGUGUCAUCGCGGUUCUCGGACUGUCUUAUGGCGAUGCCGCGGACACCCAUCACGCAUUCCUCAGAUGAUUCUGACGAUGCAGCGGACGAGAUUGGUGUUGUUUGCUUCCCCCUGGUUAGGUGGUCAGUUGAAGCGGCCGUCGUAUGAUAUGUAUUGAUUGAGAUAUAUCAUGCUAACAAUUUUAUAUAGCGAGGAAUCUAGAGGAUUCGUAUCAGCUGUGAUCUUGUAAUUUUCUG